AUGGAUUCCGAGGAGCGGAGCAAAACACUAUAUGGCUCGCCUUACAUGGCCGAAUUCUACGAGCUGCACUGGGCUACGGGUCUGGGUCUGGAGGACGUCGAGCUCGUCUACUGGCCGGCAUUUGUCGAGAUGUUCUCCAAGCACCCUCGAGACGGCCGCCAGUUCACCUUCGUCGACAUCGGCACCGGCGGCGGUCGUGCCAUCCUUGGGCUGCUCGACAAAGCGGGUGCCGAGUCGUUCGAGAUACCCCCCGGGUCUGCCCAGUUCAUCGGCAUGGACAUCGAGCAGCACAUGCUCGACCUCGCCGCCAGGGAGGCCUUGAAACAUCCCGGCAUCCCCCCCGUCACUUGGUCGCUCGGUUCUGCGCUGGCGCUCGACGAGCUGCCUGCGCUGGCCGACCAGAAAACCACGGCCGAUAUGCUCAUCUUCACAUACGGCAGCAUAGUCCACCUGACAGGCGACGGCGAGCUCGAGAAGUUUUUCAGCCAGCUUUCCAGCGUGCUGACUCCAGAGAGCGGCCGCGCCUAUAUCGAUUUCGUGGACGAGUUCCUCGUUCCGCACGGCGGAGAGAUGCCUGAGAGCAGGGAUGCGUUCUCGGACUUGCCCGUGGAAUCCCUGACUGCCGAAGUGAAGAGCAUUCAGUGGCCGGGCAUCACGUACCAGAUGGAGACGCUUGGUUUCGCAACGGUCGACAACCUGUCUGUGAUGGAUACGAGAGUGCGUGCUGUGAGGGACGCAGACAAGUCUGUGGUCGAGAGCAACACCGUCAAAGAACGCAUGCGUCGAUUCAAGGAAGAUCACGUCCAGGCCGCUUCCCAGGCGGCAGGGCUGAUGCUGCUCGAGAAGAAAAGAUGCAAUCAAAACUCGGUCUUCGUGUUCCACAAGCCUCUCUGA